AUGACUAUCUCGACGAGAAACAGUCGUCUCGGAGCGACUACUCUUCUCACAGUCGUGAUUCUCGGUCUCGCCUGGUUUGUAGGAUUUGCGUCGCGCCUUUUUGCCAUUGUUCGUUUUGAAUCAAUUAUCCACGAGUUCGAUCCAUGGUUCAACUAUCGCGCUACACACUAUAUGGUACAACAUGGAUUCUAUAAAUUUUUGAAUUGGUUUGAUGAACGAGCAUGGUAUCCAUUGGGAAGAAUUGUCGGAGGAACCGUAUAUCCAGGAUUGAUGGUUACUUCUGGACUAAUCCAUUGGAUUCUUGAUUCACUCAAUUUCCAUGUCCACAUUCGUGAAAUUUGUGUUUUCUUGGCUCCAACAUUCUCUGGACUCACUGCAAUCGCCACAUAUUUCUUGACAAAGGAAUUGUGGAGCGCUGGAGCGGGACUUUUUGCUGCCUGCUUCAUUGCUAUUUCUCCGGGGUACACGAGCAGAUCGGUUGCCGGAUCAUACGAUAAUGAGGGAAUUGCCAUAUUUGCCCUCCAGUUCACUUAUUUCUUAUGGGUGAAGGCUUUAAAGACUGGAUCGAUCAUGUGGGCGUCGUUCUGCGCGUUGUCUUACUUCUACAUGGUUUCUGCCUGGGGAGGAUACGUCUUCAUUAUCAACUUGAUUCCGCUUCAUGCAUUCGCUCUAAUUGUUAUGGGACGUUAUUCUUCUAGAUUAUUUGUUUCAUAUACCACUUUCUACUGCCUCGCAACAAUUCUUUCAAUGCAAAUUCCCUUCGUCGGAUUCCAGCCAGUUAGAACUUCCGAGCACAUGCCGGCUUUUGGUAUCUUUGGAAUUCUCCAGAUUGUCGCGUUAAUGCACUAUGCUCGCAACAGAAUUACUCGUCAGCAAUUCAUGACUCUUUUCGUUGGAGGAUUGACAAUAUUGGCCGGUUUGGCUGUUGUUGUCUACAUGGGACUCGUUUGGGGAGGAUAUGUUGCUCCUUUCUCUGGACGGUUCUAUUCUCUUUGGGAUACCGGAUACGCCAAGAUUCACAUUCCAAUUAUUGCUUCCGUGUCUGAGCAUCAACCAACUACAUGGGUUUCGUUUUUCUUCGAUCUUCACAUCACUGCUGCCAUUUUUCCAGUUGGUCUCUGGUAUUGCAUCAAGAAAAUCAAUGAUGAGCGAGUCUUCAUCAUUCUUUAUGCCGUUUCUGCUGUCUACUUCGCAGGUGUAAUGGUUCGUUUAAUGCUUACGUUGACCCCUGCUGUUUGCGUUCUCGCCGGAAUUGCCUUCUCGUACACUUUCGAAAAAUAUUUGAAAGAUGACGAAAAAAGCAACUCAUCUGCGAACCAAGCGAACAACGACAGAUAUGAUAAAAUGGCGAAAGGUGCCAAGACAAAGACUGCUUCAACAGAAUCCGAUGAAUCAGUUUCCGUUAACGUCAAGACAUUUGUUUCUGUAUUGCUUCUUAUUUUCUUACUUAUGUUCGUCGUCCACGCCACUUAUGUAACAUCUAACGCCUAUUCGCAUCCUUCCGUCGUUUUGCAAAGUUCGACAAGCAGCGGAGACCGUGUAAUCAUGGACGAUUUCCGUGAGGCGUACCAUUGGUUGAGAGAAAACACCGCAGAUGACGCGAGAAUUAUGUCCUGGUGGGAUUAUGGAUACCAAAUUGCUGGAAUGGCCAAUAGGACAACUCUCGUCGAUAACAAUACAUGGAAUAAUUCACACAUUGCUCUGGUCGGAAAAGCCAUGUCAUCAAACGAAUCUGCUGCGUAUGAAAUCAUGACCGAGCUUGAUGUUGACUACAUUUUGGUUAUUUUCGGAGGAGUCAUUGGAUAUUCUGGAGAUGAUAUUAACAAGUUUUUGUGGAUGGUUAGAAUUGCCCAAGGAGAACACCCGAAAGAUAUCAGAGAAGAAAAUUAUUUCUCCGACUCCGGGGAAUACACAACCGGCGCCCAAGCUUCAGAGACAAUGCUCAACUGCCUUAUGUACAAAAUGAGUUAUUAUCGAUUUGGAGAAACGCGUGUUGGUUAUAAUCAAGCGGGCGGAUUUGAUCGAACCAGAGGUUACGUUAUAGGAAAGAAGGACAUCACUCUGGAAUACAUUGAAGAAGCGUAUACAACCGAGAAUUGGCUUGUUCGCAUCUACAAGAGGAAGGAUCUUCCGAACCGGCCUUCUCUUAAAAAUAGCGAAGCUACAAUUCCGCUAUCUUCAAGAAAAGCCGCUCAAGGAAGAAACAAGAAAGGAGUGAUCAGAUCAGCUGCCAAAGCCUAA